AACGGCCGGAAAAGAAAAGUGGAGCAAGUAUUUAAAAACGGAGGGAAUAUAUAAGAUACAAAAUGAAACCUGAAAUGAGUUGAUUUUAAAUCAAAUUGAUUGAGUUAGUUUUUGAUACCAUAAAAGUGUCAAAAACACAACCGACUUGACCCGAUCUGAAACUGACCCAUAAAAGGUUUCUGAACUGAGCUGAAAUUAAGUUAAUCCAAUUCAAAUUUUGAUUAUAAGAACAUAAGAUUUUUUUAUUUUUUUUUGACAAUAGCAUAAGAAUUUAACAUAACUCAAGUUUAAAAAUCAACCCGGCUCAAACAUCACCGAAUCCAAUCUAGAAAUCCGAAUUGACCCUUGUUUUUUUUAUUAUUAUUAUUUUUUAAACAACCGAAUUUACAUUUCUAUGUGCAUUUACCAAAAAAAAAAAACACAGACUGACAGUCGCUCACUGACUAAUCAAAAAACCGAAAUGCUGUACGCAACCACUCCCCAACACUUCACCUCACUCACCACCCACUUCACCACGCGCCGCCCUCUCCUCCGCCGCCAUUCUCUCUCCUACACCCACACCACAAUGUCCACCACCACCAUCGAACACAUCGUCCUCUUCAACAUCAAACCCACCGCAACCACAACCCAACUCUCCACCAUGCUCACCUCUCUCAACUCCCUCACCACUCUCCCAAUGGUCCUCCACCUCUCCGCCGGAAAACUCCACAAAAACCGCUCUUCCUCCUUCUCCUUCACCCACAUCCUCCACUCUCGUUACCGCACCAAACAACACCUCGCCGACUACUCCUCCCACCCCGAUCAUCUAUCCGCUGUUCGAACCACCGUUUUACCCAUUUGCGACGACCUCAUUGCCGUCGAUUGGGUCGCGGAGAAUCUCGACGGUCCGAUUGGGGUUAAUCCUGGUUCCGCCAUUAGAGUUCAGCUGAUCAAGCUUAAACAAGAUGUUGAAGAGGAGAAAAAGGGGGAAGUGAUUCAAGUGAUUAGCGGAUUGAAGGGGAGUUUUAGCGGAAUUGAACAGUUAACUGUUGGUGAGAAUUUUUCGCCGGAAAGAGCUAAAGGGUUUCAGAUUUGCUCAAUUGGGGUUUUUGGUGGGAUUCAUGAAUUGGAUUCUUUGGAGUUGAAUUCUGAGAUUGGUAAUAAGAAAGAUAAGGUUAGGGAUUCUAUUGAUUCUCUCGUCAUUGUUGAUUAUGUUGUUCCAUUGUCGCCUUCGAAUCGAUCAGGCUAGUGUUUGAUUCAUGAUUUCUCGAUCAUGUAACAUUUUGAUCAUGUAACAAUCAUGUAAUUCACUGCCUGCUUUUAAGAUAUGCUUGAAAUGAUGAUAUGUUGUUAUAUCAUAGAAAAUGGCCAAUUAUUUUUGUGACAAUAUAGAAAUGAGGCCUAAUUAACAGCUUGAACAAGCAAGAUUUCAACAAACAGAGCGUUCUAAUGAUCUAAUUUAUGCUAAA